CCAUCCACGGAGCUGGGACCCUGAGAACUCCGACGGGAACCCAAUGCUACUGGGAAAACAGCUCCCAGCGGCAUGGUACACGAGACCAAGGUUGAAUUCUGAGGGGAGUGGGGUCUAGUGGGCCCUGUGUGUGGCUGCAGCCUAACUGGUUUGUGCAGGGAGGAGAAUAAAAUGCCUUGUGUCUCACUGCUAGGGCACGGGCUGCACAUGUCUGUCUCUUUCUCUCCCUUCCGCUCUUCUGUCUCCUCCAAUCCCCUUUGUGUUCUUCCUGCUCCUCCUUAGGGUCUCAAAGCCCCUCUAGCUGGGUUUCCACUGGGUCUUCGGCCUGGACAUGUAUGAACUCAACGCCUACCUCUCCCUGGGCAUGUUCUCUGCCAUCUUUCUCCUCACCCUCACUGCCGGUACCGCUGCACUCUCUCCUGACCCCCGUCUGGUGCUGCCAUUCCCACACUGUGACCCGGAUCAGGAAGCUGGUCAUGGGCGUGUAGCUGGUCUCCUUCACCCUCAGUGCUCCCUAACUCCUGGAGUUGUCUGCAAGAAUAGUUACACCCCCUCUGGAGAGGGGGACGGAGCCGAGACACCAGCCUGGGGGAGACGUCUCCAUCUGCUGCUGUUCAGGGUGCAGUUCCUGCUGGAUGCCCUACUGCCCCUCCUCACCAGUGUGGGAUGCCAGGGCCGGAAGGGGCUGGAGAUUAAGAAGAAGGGGAUGGUGAGGAGCAGGAAGCCUUUCAAAGUCAUGGUGACUGCGGUGGUGUCGUCCUUCAUCUGCUGGCUGCCCAACCACCUCUGCCAUGGCCUGCUGCUCUACAAGAAUGCGGUGCCGGUGUCGGUCACGAGUGCCUGAAAGUGCCUGGAGUUAGAGAGCAUUGGAAACUUGUCAUACCACUUGUUUCUUCA